UCAGUAAAUCGUCGUAGUUCGAGCACGACGAAUGCGAAUCGGGAGGAGCUACGCAAAAUGUUUGUUCUAAUAUACCUGCUGAUCGCGAUCUCCUCGCUUUUGGCCUACUUGUACCACCGCAACUUCAACUACUGGAAUCGCCGCGGAGUGCCCCACGAUGCUCCGCACCCACUGUAUGGCAACAUGGUCGGGUUCCGGAAGUACCGGGUGAUGCACGACUUCUUCUACGACUACUACAACAAGUACCGGAAGAGCGGCUACCCCUUCGUGGGCUUUUACUUCCUGCACAAGCCGGCGGCCCUCAUUGUGGACACCCAGCUGGCCAAGAACAUCCUGAUCAAGGACUUCUCCAACUUCGCCGAUCGCGGCCAGUUCCACAACGGCCGAGACGAUCCGCUCACGCAGCACCUGUUCAACCUGGACGGAAAGAAGUGGAAGGACAUGCGCCAGCGUCUGACGCCCACGUUCACCUCGGGCAAGAUGAAGUUCAUGUUCCCGACGGUGAUCAAGGUGUCCGAGGAGUUCGUCAAGGUGAUCACGGAGCAGGUGCCCGCCACCCAGAACGGAGCUGUGCUCGAGAUCAAGGAGCUGAUGGCCAGGUUCACCACCGAUGUUAUUGGCACCUGUGCCUUCGGCAUAGAGUGCAACACGCUGCGCACCCCUGUCAGUGAUUUCCGCACCAUGGGACAGAAAGUGUUCACCGAGAUGCGCCACGGGAAACUGCUCACCAUGUUCAUGUUCAGCUUUCCCAAGCUGGCCCGCAGGCUGAGAAUGCGCAUGAUGCCUGAGGACGUCCACCAGUUCUUCAUGCGCCUGGUCAACGACACGAUUGCUCUCAGGGAGCGGGAGAACUUCAAGAGGAACGACUUCAUGAACCUACUGAUCGAGCUGAAGCAAAAGGGAAGCGUCACCCUGGACAAUGGUGAGGUGAUCGAGGGCAUGGACAUCGGCGAACUGGCCGCCCAGGUUUUCGUCUUCUAUGUGGCCGGCUUUGAGACCUCCUCCUCUACAAUGAGUUACUGCCUCUAUGAGUUGGCCCAGAAUCAGGACAUCCAGCACAGGCUGCGCAACGAGAUCCAAACGGUACUGGAGGAACACGAGGGGCAGCUAGCCUACGAAUCCAUCAAGGCCAUGACCUACUUGAACCAGGUUCUCUCAGAAACCCUCAGGCUCUACACCCUGGUGCCCCACCUCGAACGGAAGGCCCUCAACGACUACGUGGUGCCUGGCCAUGAAAAGCUUGUGAUUGAGAAGGGCACCCAGGUCCUAAUCCCCGCGUGUGCUUACCACCGCGAUGAGAAUCUUUAUCCAAAUCCGGAGACCUUCGAUCCGGACCGCUUCUCGCCGGAUAAAGUGGCCGCCCGGGAGUCCGUGGAGUGGCUGCCCUUCGGCGACGGGCCGCGGAACUGCAUCGGGAUGCGGUUUGGACAAAUGCAGGCCCGCGUCGGUCUGGCUCAGAUCAUUAGCCGGUUCAGGGUAUCCGUCUGCGACAAGACAGAGAUCCCACUGCAGUAUAGUCCCCUGUCUAUAAUUUUGGGCACCGUUGGGGGCAUCUACUUGCGGGUGGAGCGCAUCUAAGCUCCAUCUUCGUUGUUUCCAUAUAUAUAGCUUAGGAUCGAAAGGGAAAGUGAUGUACACUUAAGACUGUUCAUUUAUUAAAUUCAAUUCGUUGUUGACCAUACAUAUUGUUUGUUAGCUUAAACAGCCAUAUAACUUAUUGGACUGUGAUAAAUCACUUAUGUUCACAGUUUAGAUGAUUUAAUUGACUUCCAUUCAGGCAAAUGUUGUUCCCAUCAGAUUUGCAGGUUCAUAAAUUGCAUUCGGCUUAAGUUGCAACGUGCCACGCGAAUCGCCACCUGACUAGUCAUAAUGUUGUUAGAGUCAAUGACUUUCCUCUGUAUAGCUGAGCGAAAAUAAUUACUAUUCCCAGACGCUCUAAUGUUUUGCAUACCUCAUGCCACACCCGUUAGGUUGCUCAACCGUGGCAGCGAAAACCCCAAAUUAAAAUAUGGUGCUGAAGCAUGCAACACGAGUCGGCUAAUUGAGGUAAGCCCUACCUGAUUAAACAGUAUGUAUGUCUGUAGAAGAGAAAUAAUGACUCUACCACGUCGAACAUUUCGCAAAUGUCAAUGCCUCCGCCAGACAUCCAGAUAUGAAAAAUUUUUACGGUUUAGUCGCUCAUUAGUUCGCCCACUUAUCAUAGAUAUUUUUUGUGUUAUCAGAUAAAGUAGCUGAAUUAUUAAAUUUCAAAACAAGAUAUAACUAUACUUGAGUGCAGCGACUAUUAGAUACCUGGUGUCAAGUUUCAACUUUCUAGCUUUUAUGGUUCCCGAGAUCUCGACUUUCAUACGAACGGACGGACAAAUGGACAUACGGACAUCGAGACGGGCAUGGCUAAAUCGUUUGGGCUUGUUAGUAUGAACAAGAACUAUAGUUGUCAGAACUUGAUUUUGUUUUAUUCAGCAAUAGUUAUGAUUCUCAAUGGCAAACGUAGUGGUAUAUUUCUUAUUUUAGCUGGAAACUGUUUUCAUUUCCAGAACUUUAUUCGUUUGGUGUACGAUUGAGUGAUUUAAGAUUCCGGUCAAUGAUGCUAAGCAGUCUCUCUAGUUCAUUCUGAAGAAUAAUUUAUAUUUAGCAAUGUGAGUACUAUCAAACUUAUUGAAGUUGAAAGCAAACAAUGAAUCAAUUCGAGAAUUUAAGCAAUCGAAAAUUUCUUGUAUAUAUGCAUAAAUUUCAAACUUUAAAUAGAUUUUUAUCUAUAUUCUACUUUUUCGGCUGGCUUGUCACGCGUAAAUUGGAACAGUCAUUUAAAAUGUAUUUUAUGCCCCUCCGGAUUAAUAUUAUCCCAUCUUCUUUUAAUUAUGCUGGUAGGGAAAUGUUUAUCUAACGUCAGCGGCGCAUGCAACGCGUGGAAAUUGAGGCAAGUGCCUAAAGCUGGGAAAAUCGGGGGCGUGUAAAUUGUGCGGUGUAAUGGGCGUAAAUCUAACGGUUAUGAGAACACAAAAUGUAGUUUGAUAAAACUAAUUAUAUACUCUAUUAUUGGCACUAGCUCAUCAUCGGGUAAUAGACACGUUAUAUGAACCUUAGUCGGAUUAAAAACCACAAACAAGUGAAUAUUUUCCAAUUAAUAACUGAUGACCUAAUUAUCAUAAUUAAUUAGACAAACAACGCAGUCAGUGAUUUAUUCAAACGGCGCGAAUGCCGAAAGCAAAUAGUUUUUGUGAAUGAAAUAUGUGGUACUUGUAUCUGUCGGAUACACGCUGCCUGAGCAUCCAACACUCGGUUUUUUGUGAGCAUUUCGAGCAAUCUUUGACUUGGUCUGACACUUGGCCCUACCUUCGCCGUGGGAGGGAGGCGAACUAAAUUUAAUUACUACCCCGCAAGAAACAAGUGCGGCUAACAAAAAACAAGUGCAAAGCCACCGACAUAAAGAUAAAGCAUAACUGAAAUAAAAGUGUCAAGGUUGUUCAACCCGAACCACAAAA